UGAACUCCCCACAAACAUUGCCAACGUCAAUUUGAAUCUCUUUCGCGUUCACACUUGCUUAUCCUUUUCACACCUUUCUUCGUUCGCUUUUCAAACCCCGCAAGAAAAACCCAAAUUUUUAUUUACUUUGUCUUUAAUUUCGGCUCUUAAGUCGUACCCUUUUUUUCUUUCUGUUUCCUAUAUGAAACCCGCGACUCGGGCAACCCGAGGGCUCAUUUUAGUUUCUUGUUCACUGUUUGCUUUGAAAUGAAUAACGGUGACAAUUACAAGCGGCGGCGAAAGGAGAGGUUCGCCGACGAAGAUGGUUAUGAUGACGAUAGCUGUUCAAGUGAUCAUGAAACCAAGAAGAAAGAUUUGAAUGGUAUCAUCACUUCGUUGCUGUUGCUGGAAGAGCAAGAGAAGCGAGACAGGGACGAGCGGGACGAAGCAUCCAAUGAGGAGAAAUCGAUCUUGGAGUCAACCCACAGGAGGAAAACGAGAACCAUGCUUGAAUUUUACUCCGACCUCCAGGAUUACUACUCCGAAAUCGAAGAAACCGACCGCGUUAAGCGGAAGAAGUCUCGCACCAUGGCCGCUUCGGUCGCCACGGCUUCCGUUAACCAAACGGAGAACCAAGCACCCAACAACCAUAACAAACAAUCCGGGUCGGGUCAGCAGAGGCGGUUGUGGGUGAAGGACAGAUCGAAGGCUUGGUGGGACGAGUGUAACCGACCCGAUUACCCGGAAGAGGAAUUCAAGAAGGCGUUUAGGAUGAGCAAGUCAACGUUCGAGCUCAUUUGCGAAGAACUCAACUCCGUCAUCGCCAAAGAAGACACGACUUUACGGAACGCGAUCCCCGUCAAGCAAAGAGUGGCAGUUUGCAUUUGGCGGCUAGCCACGGGCGAACCGUUACGGCUCGUUUCGAAACGGUUCGGCUUAGGCAUCUCGACUUGUCAUAAAUUGGUCCUCGAAGUCUGUUCGGCAAUACGCAGCGUUUUGAUGCCGAAGUAUUUACAAUGGCCGGACGAGGAUUCCUUGAGGAAAAUAAAGGAAGAGUUCGAGGGCAGUUCGGGGAUACCAAACGUGGUAGCAAUGUACACGACGCAUAUUCCGAUAAUAGCCCCGAAGAUAAGCGUGGCAGCGUAUUUCAAUAAGAGACAUACGGAACGGAACCAGAAAACGUCGUACUCGAUAACCGUACAAGGUGUGGUCGAUCCUAGGGGAGUUUUUACCGAUGUCUGUAUCGGGUGGCCAGGGUCGAUGAACGAUGAUCAGGUGUUGGAAAAAUCAGCUUUGUACCAAAGGGCAAAUGGGGGAUUACUGAAAGGUGUUUGGAUCGUAGGGAGUUCGGGGUAUCCGUUAAUGGAUUGGGUUUUGGUUCCUUACACACAGCAACAUUUGACUUGGACACAACAUGCUUUUAACGAGAAGAUUGGGGAGAUUCAAAGGGUGGCUAAGGAAGCCUUUGGGAGAUUGAAAGGGAGAUGGUGCUGCUUGCAAAGAAGGACAGAAGUGAAGUUACAGGAUUUGCCCGUUGUACUAGGAGCAUGUUGUGUUUUACAUAACAUUUGUGAAAUGAGGAACGAAGGGCUUGACCCAGACCUGAAAAUUGAGCUUCUUGAUGACGAGAUGGUCCCUGAAGUUGCUCUGAGAUCGGUAAGUUCGAUGAAAGUUAGGGAUGCCAUUGCGCAUAACCUUUUACAUCAUGGCCUUGCUGGCACUGCUUUUCUGUAAUUUGCAUCCAUGAGGUUGGAAAAAAGAUAUACCCUAUUUGUUCUUUAUAAAGAUUAGAAAAUUCUUUCUUUGCAUGUAGUAUAACAUUACCGUAGGGAUUAAUUCUAAUUUUUGUUUGAAGGGGAUGUGUAAAAUUAUAUAUUUGUCCCCUCUCACAAAUGGAAUUGAUUUGGAGUUGUAGUUUGAGUAGUAGUCUUGGAUUUACAAUUACAACAAAAACGAAGAUCUCUGUAUUCCUAGGUUCUAUACUUCUUCAAUUAUGAAAUAAAGAUAUGAAUGGAAUCAAACAUCAAAAAUAUUCUUUUAAAUUUUCAA